AAUUUGGUUUUUGCUGCAAAAUUGCGAAAUUUGGCCGGGCACGAUUGAUUCUUCAAGCUGCUGUCGGUCGUUCACGUUGAUCUGAGAUUCGCUGGAAUCGCACACUCCCUCCGUCUUUGUCUGUCUCUCUGUCUCUCUCUGGUCACCAUGGAUCCAAGCAUGAACGGAGCUAACGCCUUCGCCAUGCAGCACGAGUUCCAGCUCCGGUAUCAAGAGCAAAUCCGGCAGCAAGUGUAUGGCCAGCAGCAGCACCAGAUGGACAACCCGGCUGCUGCAGCCUCAUCGUCCUUCCUGCGCGACUUUAUUGCCGCAGACGCAUCCGAGCAACUGGACGCCACCCUCGUUUCCAUGCUCUGGAAUGCACCUGCACCACCAUCAAUAGCACCUCAGCAACUAGACUUCACGACUGAUGCUGCUGCAACCCCAAUACCCGCUCAACCACCACAAGCAUCUUCCACCGGCUCGGGACGCCGACGGCGCGGCUCUGCUGAACACGCUCAGGCUCAACAACAACCAGCGGUGCAAUCCUCGUACACCGUGCCCGAAAUGCGUGGAAAGGACAUUGUCUACAAUCCAGACUUGCAUCUGUGGUGCUCUGAGACGUUCGAGAUUGACUGCAGCGCCGGAUAUAAGCUUCCGUUGAUUAUUCUCGACAUUGUUGCAUGGGUUUCAGCCAACUCCAUGCGCAUCCGUUUGAGAAACGUUCCAAUGGAGGACAUUCGAACAGCGCGAUACUCUCCAGGCGAUGAGUGGUCAAAGUUUCCCUCUGACGGCACCAUGGGCUACAUUGUCCCGGAAAAGGCGUUUGCCCUCUUCCACGCAAACCAGCGCGGGAAAGGCAUCACCCUGUUUCACUCGGGCAACAACAAGAAUCCAACCAUCAAACUGCUACACGACCGAACAGAUCGUCCAGCCUAUGUGCGCUACUCGGCGUCGUUUCGUGAACCCGACAUUGGGUUUUGCAUGGAGCACUACUACGAGCUGUUUGAUUGCUCCACCCCAGGUCCGAAAGAUACAUACAUUUGGAUUAAAAUGUCAUCGGCACCCAAGAAACGAAAGCUGCGCGUCCUCCCGGUAGGCGGCGCAUCUCCUGUUGCCCCGCCAGCGCCAGCCGCCGCACCCGCACCAGGACCCGGUGCUGCAAAGAUUCGGGGUGGCAAGCGCAAGCUCGACGCUACCACGCAGCUGCUCUCGUCGGUCCUGCAAGGUGUGGAUAUCGAAGCCGCGGGGGGAGACUCUGCCGUGCCAUCGCUGCAUGACAUUGCCUCCUCCUUGCCUGCGCAGGCCUGUGAGGAUUUGCGACAAUUCUUCCAGCCGGACAUGCUCAAUAAUUCCGGCGUGUUUGGAAGAGUCGCCAAUGCCCCAGAUAUCGUGAGCCACGCGGCGGAGAACACAUUCGCCACGCGCGUCGUCAAUAUUUACGGCCAGUCUGGCGCCGGCAAGUCUUCCAUGGCGCUCUUGUACGAGUCCCUGUAUGCAGACAAGUACAGCUUCAUUCGAACCAUCAGCGGCGAGAACAUUGAGCACGAGCUGCGCGAGCUAAAGAAAUCGCUGCGCCUCAGCGAGAUGGUCCACGACAACAUUCUGAAGGCCACGCUUGCGCGGUUCCCCGGCUGGCUCAUGAUUGUUGAUGAUCUGCACCAGAACGACGUGUUGCGUCUCUUUUCCACAAUUUCACCCACGGGUGGCCAUGUGAUUGUCCUGUCGUCCCAAGAGCUCGACUUGUCGCAGCUGCCGCAGGACAUGACGGCCUCGCACUCGGACACCGUCAGCACCGAUAGUGGCGAUGUGCCCGUGCAAACCGUGGCCGGGUUUGUUGUCGCCCAGCACGAAAUCACCAGCUCCAACGCGGACAUGCUCCACCGCCUCUCUGGCAUUGAGCGCGAUCACGAAGGCGCGUUGGCACUCGCCUCCUGCCCCACCUGCGCAUCGCACUCGCAUGCCCUCACGCUGUCUCAGGCGGCCAUUGUCAUUAGCAAAAACUACCAGCACCUUCCGCUUCCCUUCCACGCGUACCACAACGACUUGCAUCUAACAGGAGCCACGGUCUCUGCGGCUCCCAAGCGGGUCGCGACCGAUUCGCACAAUGUUGAGACCGGAUUGAGCUCUUCUUCCACCUGUUCCACCGCCGGCCACGACACUCUGGAUUCUGCCGCCGCGAACGGUAGUACUAGUAGCAGUGGCACCGCCGCUAUGGAUGAGGGCAGUGGUCCUCGAAGCGAAGAAGCGGUGCCAGAGCCUCGGCCAUUGUCGCGCCAGCGCCGAGGAGGCUCUCUGAACCGGAAAACGCGCUCGUCUGACAGCAGCUCACUUGGCUCGGCACUCGAUCGAGAGCUCCAAGCUGCCGGAUAUCCUGGAGGGAAAUCGCCCGUGCCGCCCGCAAUGCCGCAGCCGCCGCCGCCAAACCAAUUCAAUCUCAUGCUGGGACUCACCCCAAAUUGGAUGCAGGUUUUGGGCACUACGAGCAGCAUCAGUCAGUUCAGCCAGUCGCCCGUCGGCUCGCCUGGCAGCUCAAGUCCACUGCAAAUGGCUCUCAGGCAACCGCCGUUCGGAACCGCGCCAUCCACCACCAUGUCAAUCCCUCCUAGUGCCAUUUCUUCAGCGGGAGCAAUUCCCAUGUUCAGCUCGCAGCCACUUCCCCUAUCAGCCGGACUCACCUCGGCGCAAUACCAGCAGCAACAGCAACAGUUCCAGCAGGCACAAUCACAGUUUCAGCUGCAGCAGCAACAGCAGCAGCAGCAGCAGCAACAACAAACGCACCGGUCUGCUCCGUUCUUUACCGACGCGCGUCGUUCGCUCUCUUCUGGUGCGUUGAUGAGUUUGGACGAUCCCGAUGUUGAUUCCGCUGGGAGAAAUAGUCAAAAUGCAAACAGUUCUGCUGCUCGACAGCACCAGCACCAGCACCAGCAGCAGCGCCUCUUCCAACUCUCUCCCCAUCCGGGCGACAUGGUCUCGGUAGAGCUGCUGUCGAAAGAGCUUCAGCACCAAGUGCAGUCGCCCCAAGAUGCCUUCUUUGCGAAUGCUGCGCCAUCGGAGCCGCCGCCGCAGCCGCUGCCAAUGUCGUCUGGCAAGACCAAGCUGCGAGCCCAUUCCGCGUCGUCGUCGAUGGAGCGGCUCCCCACCACCGCCAGUGUCUCCAAGCCGCCACCUCCCGCCACUGCGACCAACUCUGGACCGCAAUUGUCCCUCUCAAUGUCCACCCCGCUGCGAACUUCCGUCUUGCCCGAACCCGCGGUCCCAGCCCCUGCCCCUGUCACAGCCCCUGCCCCUGCCGCAGCCCCUGCCCCUGCCACAGUCGGCGUGCUCACUGCUGCGUCGCUUUUGCCUUUCGCUCAAUCCGCCAGCGCUUCGUCGUCGGCUGCAGCGUUCGCGCCGAGUGUGCGACACGAGCCCCUCCCGCCGCCCGCCGCCGCUCGUGCAUUUGAGCAGAUUCUCGUGAUUGCGAGUCGCGAGCUCGGGUUUGAAGGACCGCAGCAACUCAGCGUGCAACUCUUUGAAAGCGCGUGCUUCCUCGAUUCUCGCAACAUUCCCGUCCACUUGCUGAUGGAGCUCGAUCUCAUGCGUCUGCCAAAGGAGCGCCAUGCUGCCCAAAAGGAGCGUUUCACAAAGUACCUCAACAAGCUGUGCGAGCCAGAGUUUCACGGCUUUGUUUCGCCUGGUACGGUGACGCUGCAAGGUGUGUCGUGCAACACCAUCUCCAUCCACCCAAGUCGUCUUGCGAUGGUCAGAUACAGCUUGCGACAGCUGGUGAAAUGGGCGCCCGCGCGUGCGGUGGGAGUCACCUUUGAGGAGCGCAAUCUUCUGCAGGUGCUUCGGCACAUCAACUCGCGAGACAGCUUCCAUUUCGUCUACAAGAAUCUCGCGUCGUGGCGCAGAUGUCAGCUGACAUAUCUCCACGCUGUGAAGAUCAGUGAGCACGCACAGGACUUUUUGCGGCGCUUUGACGAGGAAGUCCUGGCGGCAGCCAUGCAGUCUGUUGGUGCAACAGCUGGUGGCGUCGGUGCGCCAUUUGGGACGGAUUCUGCCACCUCUGAUCCCUCCAACAGCUCUUUCGCACAAUGGCUGCUUGAUGCCGACCAGGCUAGUGCAGCCGUCGGUGCAGCCGCCAUGGCCGUGGACGAGCGUCAGGGUGGCGGCCGCAGCAGCGCCACGGCCUCAGCGCAAGAUACGCCCAUCACGUUUGAGUUUACUCCGGUCGAGGAAUUUGCGUACGAAAGCCAAGAUCACUACGUGCUGACGGUGCCUGCCGUCCGUCGCUCGCAAGUCAUUCGCUUCCACCUUGUGCAACUCUUGUACAACCUGGGCAAGUUCACUGGCUCGCUCUCCUCGGACGUGAACGAGCCCUUGCAGCUGCUCGAGCGCGCCGCCGUCACCUUGGAGGCCAUUCCGCACAGUGGGCAAAUUCCUUCGCCAACGCACAAGCUCUGGCAGCUCAAAAUCAUGAAGGCGCUCGGGAAAGCGCAUCGGCGUCGUGGCGAUUUCCAGCAAGCCGAAAAGCUGCUGGGCCAUUCGAUCGUGUCCUUGGAAAAGCUCCGACAGUUUGCACUCACGCUGUCCCUCCAGGACUUGGAGCGCGAGGUUGUCUUUGAGUUGGCCACUGCCCAUCACUCGCUUGCGCGCGUGUAUCUUGUUCGCAACCUGUUCCAUGAGGCCCUCCGCUCUAUUGACGACUGUCUUGCACUCAAGCUGGAGGCUCGCUUCCGCUCUGCACAGAGCAGCAAGCAGCUGAACGGCGAGAUUGCAAUGUCGCUCAACAUUCGCUCCAUCAUCAACUACAAGCUUUCUCGUUUGUAUGAGGCCACAACAGACAUGCAACGGACGCGUGUUGCGCUCGCCGCUUCCGAUCUCGUUCAAAGUGAUGUCAGCAGCACUGGCAGCGGCAUUGCAACAAUGGAAACUCCCGAAACAGCAAUUCCCCAGCACGCCGACCAUAUUGAAAUCUCGUUCAUUGACGCCAACGAAGCCAUGAUUUUGUACAAGCUCGGACAGUACGGCCGCUCAUACCAGCUCUUCCGCACUGCCCGCGAUCGCGUCGAAACGUCGCCAAGCCUCGGAGGCAACGAUUUGUGGGUGCCCACCAUCUUGCAGAACAUGGGUGUUGUGCUGGAUUGCGAGUUUCAACACGCCAGGCUGGCGAGACUGCGGGGCCAGGCGCUGGCCCAAGCUGGCGUCGGGCUUCCCAUGCCUGACGAGGCACCCAACGCUUCGUCUGCGCGUCAGGGCCUGGAGCACCUCAGCGAGGCCAAGCGCAUUCUCGACUCCAUCUACUCGACGCUUCCUGUGCAGCUGCCCAUUUCUGCGACCGACGCGGCCAUGCUGACGCUCCGCGAUUCCCUCCAGGACACUUCGCUGGCCGCCUCACGCUCCCUCCUUCCCGGCAGCAGCGGCAGCAACAGCAACAGCAACAGCAACAGCAACAGCAACAGCAACAGCGGCCAUGCUGGCGAGCACACGCAAUCCGAGAGUCUUUUGCUCUUGCAAGACCACGCUUCGUCGCCAGGUGUUGCUGCUGCAGCACCCAGCAAUGGCACAAACUCGGCCCAGAUGCUGUUUGCUCAACACCAGCAGUACCAAAAGCAGCUGCAAAGUAUGCAGUACCACCAGCAACUGCUUGGUGUUCAAAUGUCGUACAAUGGCAUGCGCUGGGUGUUGGGUGGCGUUCAGCACAUCAACCAAGCGGCGGUGCUGCUCAACGUUGCCGUCUACGCGUUUGGCUGCGACGAAAUUGAUCGGGCGCUCACGCUCCUCUUGUUCACCGCAAAGGCCAUCCAGCUACUCGUCCCGAACGAGGCCCAUCUCGAGCACGCAUUUUACGGCGCAGUGCUGCACGCGCUGGGCAACGUCCACUUUGCCAAAGCACACUACGAGGAAGCCUACACGACCUUCCAGUCCGCGCUCGACGUGACGCGGCGCGCGUACAAGAACGAUGUGCACGUGUCCAUGGUGGACACGAUGCACAACCAGGCGCUGGCCGAGUUUAUGUUUAUGCGCAGCGCAGGACUCGACCCAAACCUGGCCAUCGUGUCGCUCACACAGGUGCAGCAACUGCGUGCCCAUCCGCAACUGGUGGAUGUUUCGCGGGAGAUUGCUGGCGAGACGGAUCGCCUGAUGAAGGCUCUGCGCAGCGGCGCAAUGACUGCGAUUCCGCCGUGCUUUUUGACCAACCGACGCAUCAUGUUGACACACUAAGAGUCAUUCGUGGUGAUGUACUUUUGUUUAUUGUUUUUGAUGAGUGUUCUGUUGUUUUUGUUGUUGCCAUGUACUGAAAAAUGCGC